CCAGGUGGUAGCAUGAAGUGAGAGCCAGUUCCUGAUCACGAGAUGAACUCCACCUGGGAUGGUAAUCAGAGCAGCCAUCCUUUCUGUCUUCUGGCACUGGGCUACUUGGAAACUGUCAGGUUCUGUCUUUUGGAAGUGCUGAUCAUUGUCUUUCUAACUGUAUUGAUUAUUUCUGGCAACAUCAUUGUGAUUUUUGUGUUUCAUUGUGCACCUCUGUUGAACCAUCAUUCUACAAGUUAUUUUAUCCAGACAAUGGCAUAUGCUGACCUCUUGGUUGGGGUAAGCUGCCUGGUCCCUUCCUUAUCACUCCUCUACUACCCUCUUCCGAUGGAGGAGGCCAUGACUUGCCAAGUAUUUGGUUUCAUAGUAUCAGUUCUGAAGAGCAUCUCUAUGGCUUCUCUGGCCGGUAUCAGCAUUGAUAGAUAUAUUGCCAUCACUAAACCUUUAACCUAUAAUACCCUGGUUACUCCCUGGAGACUACGCCUCUGUAUUUUUCUGAUUUGGCUGUAUUCUACCCUGGUCUUCCUGCCUUCCUUCUUUCACUGGGGUAAACCCGGAUAUCAUGGAGAUGUAUUUCGGUGGUGUGCAGAGUCCUGGCACACCAACUCCUACUUCACAUUGUUCAUCGUGAUGACGCUGUACGCCCCAGCUGCCCUCAUUGUCUGCUUCACGUAUUUCAACAUCUUCCGAAUCUGCCAGCAGCACACAAAAGAAAUCAGCGAAAGGCAAGCCCGAUUCAGCAGCCAGAAUGGGGAGACUGGGGAAGCCCAGACCUGUCCAGAUAAGCGCUAUGCCAUGGUCCUAUUCCGAAUCACCAGUGUGUUUUAUGUCCUCUGGUUGCCGUACAUCAUCUACUUCUUGCUGGAGAGUUCUACUGGCUGCAGCAGCCGUCUUGCAUCCUUCCUGACUACCUGGCUUGCUAUUAGUAACAGUUUCUGCAACUGUAUCAUUUACAGUCUCUCCAACAGUGUUUUCCAACAAGGACUAAAGGGCCUUUCAGAGUCUGUGUGUACUUCUUGUGCAAGUCACACUACAGCCAAGGACCCUUACACAGUUAGGAGCAAAGGACCCCUUAAUGGAUCUCAUAUCUGAGAGGGACUCAUAUAUUCAGUCUCUCUGUUUUCAAGGAGAAAGGAUGGCUUUGGUUCACUUUUUCCUUCCAUCUCUGUGCUCCCAGUUCACUGGAGAUGUAGGAGCAGCUACAAACUGUCCGGAGAACCUUCAUAGUUUGCAGAAGUUGUUUUCUAAAUGAGAUUUAAAAUUAGAAGAAUCAGGAUGAUGGAAAAAAAUCAAUCUUGAUCCAGUCUUUGAAAUGUCAUGGAAGUGACUGUAGUUCUCAGAUUCAAAAAGAGUAAAGCCAUAGUUGAUACCUCUCUCUCUCCUUUGGCAUGCCUGAAUCUGGAUGUGAAAAGAGUCAGCAUGUUUUAAAAAAAACAAAAAAC